GGGCCUCUUCCUUCUCCAUCUUCUCUUCAACUGCCUUUCCUAACUCAGAGUCGCGUCGCUAAGCAACGAGGCUCCGCCCCCUCCUUCGCGGUUGCGAGGGGAAACGCAUCCCUGUCCUCUGCUCUGAUUGGCCGCUUCCUCCCCGAGGCUUCUAAUUGGGCGGGAGCCCUUUCCUCCCGUCGCGGACUCUGACGUCACUGGAGCGCGCCGGCCCCGUUCCCUCGGAGCGAAGGGAAAAAAAGACACCCAAGAUGGCGGAGCUGGGGAAGAAGUAUUGCGUGUAUUGCUUGGCCGAGGUGAGCUCGCUCCGCUUCCGCUGCACCGAGUGCGCCGACAUCGAGCUCUGCCCCGAGUGCUUCUCAGCCGGCGCGGAGAUCGGGCCUCACCGGCGCUGGCACGGCUACCAGCUGGUGGACGGAGGGCGCUUCACCCUCUGGGGCGCCGAGGCCGAGGGCGGAUGGAGCAGCCGCGAGGAGCAGCUCCUCCUCGACGCCAUCGAGCAGUUUGGCUUCGGGAACUGGGAAGAUAUGGCUGCUCAUGUUGGAGCAUCACGAACACCGCAGGAAGUGAUGGAACACUAUGUGAGCAUGUAUAUACAUGGUAACCUUGGGAAAGCCUGCAUCCCUGACAUUAUUCCCAACAGAGUGACUGAUCAUACCUGCCCAAGUGGUGGUCCACUUUCACCUAGCUUAACAAUGCCUCUGCCACCCUUAGACAUAUCUGUGGCUGAACAGCAACAGCUGGGUUACAUGCCACUUCGUGAUGAUUAUGAGAUUGAGUAUGACCAAGACGCUGAGAUUCUGAUCAGUGGCCUUUCAGUUAAUUACGACGACGACGAUGUGGAAAUAGAAUUAAAAAGAGCCCACGUAGACAUGUACGUAAGAAAACUGAAGGAGAGGCAGCGCCGAAAGAACAUCGCUCGUGACUACAACCUGGUUCCUGUUUUUCUGGGGAAAGACAGAAGAGACAAAGAAAAACCUUUGAAACGCAAAAUCACAAAAGAAGAAAAAGAGCUGAGGUUAAAACUGCGGUCUCUCUAUCAGUUUAUGUCUUGUAAGGAGUUUGAUGACUUUUUUGAAAACCUGCACAAGGAGAAGGUACUUCGAACCAAGAUCAGGGAACUGCAGAGGUAUCGACGGAACGGUAUAACAAAAAUGGAAGAGUCUGCAGAAUAUGAGGCAGCUAGACACAAGCGGGAAAAAAGGAAAGAAAAUAAAAAUAUUAGUACUUCUAAGAGAGGAAAGGAAGAUGGUAAGGAUGGGGAAUUUGCUACAAUUGAAAAUCUGCCUGGCUUUGAACUGUUAUCUGACCGAGAGAAAGUACUUUGUAGUUCUAUUAACCUGAGUCCAGCACGUUACGUGACUGUUAAAACUAUCAUCAUUAAAGAUCAUCUUCAAAAAAGACAGGGCAUUCCAUCAAAAAGUCGCCUUCCUAGUUACUUGGAUAAAGUACUAAAGAAAAGGAUUUUAAAUUUCUUAACAGAAAGUGGUUGGAUAUCAAGAGAUGCUUCCUGAAUCUUGUCCACUUUGGAAUAGCAUUAUUAUGAACAAAAGACCCGUUGUUGUUAAGAAUAGUUUGUUUACCUGCCUCCUUAACACACACAAACACACCUAUGUUAUAUCUUGUAAUAUGUCAUUUCCUCAACCAAUAGAUUUUUUUUCAUUACAUCGUGCAAAUGGUAACUCUUACUUUGUGCCCCACACUUGGACGUCAUCUUGAGAAACAUCACGAUGAAAUGGCUCACUGAUCUGGUGAAACACGAACCCUAGCAGUAGUUUUUGAGCAUUUCUGCUGUACAAGCUGUUUUUGUAGGGGGUAGGGGAACCCUCCGUUGUGUUUUUGGAGGAUGCUAUUUUCUGCACAUUUACGUGGAAGUGACUUGAGAUCGAAUCUUCUGAUCCUUUUGUUGAAUGAGCCUGCAUGUGCUGCAUGUACCUCUUACUAAAGCUUGGAUACCGAAUUACAGAAGCACAGCAAAAUUAGGAUUUCUUGACAAGUAUCUUUAGCUAUGAACCUGUUUUGUUGUUCAUUAACAAAGCAAUGUGUUCCGCUAGACUGGCAGCAAGAUACCAAACAACAGGGCUUUAAAAAUGCAGUACUCUAUGGUGAUCAGUUUUAAUGGUAGAUUGGCUUAAUCAUAUAGGAGUGGGCAAAUUCCUGGGGGCAAUUUUGCCGGGGGGUGGGCAGCAAUCACCACCCUCAUCUCAAAAUGUGAUAUAUUGUUUUGCCUAACAGGGGAGUUUUGAGAAAACCAGCAGAAAUACCCCCCACCCCAAAUACUAAAGCAGGGUUGGGAGUCAUGGUGAUCUUCUGAUGAUGGAUUGCAACUCCCAGGAUUCCUCAUGACAAGCAAUACUGUCUAAGACUUCUGGGAGUUGCUUUUAGGAAACAUUUAGAGGGCUGUAUGAUUCUCUCAACCUGAGCUACAGCAAGGCUUCUCUUGGAAGCUUCUUAUCACUAGAAGUUCUUUUUCAGCCCUGUGGUCUUGGGCAGGCUAUGCGAUUUUCACCCCAAUCUGGUUAAAUAUAGACCAGCUGCAGUUGGAAGGCUUGGCAAAUAUGUAGUAUUCCAAUUUUAAAUGCAGUGGUGAGCCAAGAGUCCAGUGUGUUACUGCUUUUUAAAAACAUUAAUUUCAUUUGAUUGAAGGGGUAAUGGGUGUCAUCCAGACUGUCUGUGUGUUGCUGGGUUUUUCAAUUUAUUUUAGAAACCCAGCUACAUUGCCCUACAAUGAGCUUAGGGUAAGCCUGCACUAGUUGACUGACUAGGUUCACCAGGCAUGCAGCAUAGCCUGGAAGGGACUUCAUAACCUCCUUGGCUAUUUGGGCAUCAUUUGGGAAUCAAUUGCAAGUUAUGAAGGCUCAUGCUAUUGCAACACAUAGUAGAGCAGACAGAAAUCAAAGGAUAAAAGGCAGGACUGUUGCUGUGAAAGGUGUUGUGUUUACUCAUCCAUUGCCAUUUCAUUUGCUGUCGGCACAGAGCCAUAGUCCAGGAAUCCUUGUACAAUUUGCCCAGUGCCUUUCUAAUUAAGAAAAGCACUCCUUACUCCUCUCCAAUCAGCUUUUAAACCUGGGGUAGCAGUGGCUUCACAAGCAGUUUUGCUGUGUAGUAUAGAAAUAAAAGGUUGAAAGCACCCUGGACUAUAUGUGUACAAGCUUUCCAGCAUCAGCAGAAGUUGUGUUGAUUAUGCUGGAUGCUGCAGUGAUGCCUCUCAUGCACCCAGUUUGCUAGAGAAUGAGCCUUGCUAUUUGUUACUUUGUUACCUACAAAUUUCUGGUUCUUGAAAACACAGUUCUCAGUACAGCAAGGGCAGCGCAGUCAUAAGUUUUCAACAGUAAUUUUGAUUUCAAUGGGACUUUAUCCACAGUAAAUGUGCUUAAAAUUCCUGUUUUCCAAAACUGUUUGUGAAUACAGUACUGUUAUAUAUGUGUAUAAUUCUGGACUUCUCCAAUUCAGAUGCAAGUGGUGGAUUAUAAUUUAAAUGUUCUUUCCAUGAAAUAAAUUAGCACAUCAGAGAGUGGUUUAGGGAAGCAUUAACAAUGAUGUACCAUUUCGUAUCAGUGGUAGCAUGUUCUACUAUCUCAAUCUGCUGUAGAUCUAGCCUCUCUGUUACAAGUAGCUGUUGCUUCAUAUACUAAUGUUUUAUCACCAAUCUGCAACUCUGUUUAGCUAGUCUGGUAACUUUGGCGUAUUCCAACUUCCAGCAGUUCAUCAAAUAGUAAUGGUACGAAGACCAUCGUCCUCAAGAAAACUUCAAUUUCUGUGCUUCUCAAUAUGUUUCUUCUCAGAUUGAGUUUGAUUGUUUACCAUUUUGCCUUUAAAACUCUGCUCACAAGUGUUGAGGUUUUAUAUUAGGGGUGGGAAUCAUGUGGCUCUCCAAAUGAUGUUGUACUGUAGGUCCCAGCAGCCUAAAGCAGCAUAGCUAGUGGUGAGGAUUACAGUCCAGUAGAUGAAGAGCUAUGAUUCCCAGCCAUGUUAUAGAUUACAUACCCAGCUUUAGAUUUUGGCCUUACUCAACAGUCUCAUAAUCUUCAGUGAGACUGAAGCACAACGAAGGGCCUUAUCAUAUGAGGGGGGAAAAGUCAAGAGAGAUUGGGAGAGUAGUGGCUUUCUCUGUGCCUCAUCUCAUGCUGCUGUAGCACUUCUGUUCUUCCUGAGGGUGGCAGUUGUAAAAGCAUGCCUUUUGCGAAAGGGAUUUUUUUGGCAUGACAAAAGGCACAUUUGUAUGACUGUCUCCCUUGGAAAGAGAACAAAACUGCUACAACAACAUGCAGAGAGGCACUGACAAAGCCACUACUCUUCCAGUCCCUUUCAGCUUUCUUUUCUCAAGUCUCUAACUCUCACAAACAGCAGGCCUUUUUAAAUUCCUAAACUAUUAUCUAGAUGUUUGUUUAGGUCUAGAAGAUCCAUCAGAAAUUGAUAGUCUGUAUGCUAUCAAUAUAUCUGUGAGAUCAUGUCAAAGAAUCUCACAGAUAGGGGAGACUAAUGUAAGCCUUACAUUUGGUUAGCCCUUUACUGAUGCCUGAGAAGAGCAACUGGUGCUAAACAUAACUUAUUGGUAUUCCAAAAGUUUUCAGUGUGUGCGUUUAUUACAUCUGCAAAGGCUUUUACAGCGAGCACUUUCAUAAGAAGCAUAUGUUCUUGCAAAGCCUCUUUAAAAGUUUUCAAAUAAAUACUUUAAUAUCACUAAUGUUUCAUUAACGUUAUUUAGAAGUGAAUUGCUGGACUAGAUCUCUGAGCUAAUGCUUGAGAAAUAUGGGUAGCAGAAUUAUUCCCUAACAUGCAUGCACAUAAGUAGCACUGGGACUAUUAUUUUCAUUGUUCAAGAAAGACAAAUUGUAUUUUUCACUGCAUGUUGUAUCACACUGUGGUAUGAACCAGAUUAUAACUGUUCAGUUGUCCUCCUUUUAAUUAUUUAAUAAUACACUUCAAUUAAUUUGAUCUCUUUUACAGUAUCUGGGUGCAUUAGAGGGAAAUAUCUGUGCUGCUACCCAAACAAUGUAUGCUAAUAUCAUUUUCCCUUCUCCAUUAGAAAAGAAAUUCUUCUAGCGAAUAUGACCAUAGUGUCCGCUCUGCUGUGGAUACAGGUAACUGGAAGCUCAUCCCUAGAACUACAGAAAGGGAUGUGGCAGUCAUUCAUUAUAAGGCAAAAAGAGAAUGCAAAACCUAUGUCUGUAUUUCCAUUAUUGGCAGGCAUUCCAAGCCUGGGACAGGUUUUUUGUUUCCACAUUGAACAGAAUUUUAAGUACAUACUUUGGUGAUGUGAGGAUAUGCUAAUGCAUAAUUUUGAUGAAUAGCUAUUAUGAGGAGUAUGGUCGAACUAACUAGAAGGAGUUGUCUUCACUAGGAUGUAUAUUUGAUGUUUUAAAGUAGGGCCCGACUGAGCUGCAAGUAUAGUUGUAUAGCAAUAGCUACAAGGGAAAGCAUCGUAUUUAUGCAAGAUGCCCAUCUGGCAAGUUGAAACUUGGGUGAGUACUAUGAUGUGCUGGAUGGAUGUAUAUACAAAUAGUUUUGUAGGCACAAAUCAGGCCCAUCCACAUAGCCAAAACAGUGUAAACAAAAUUCUGAACAACAAUGUACAACCAAAUUUGGAAGGGGACAUUUUUGUUUAAACAAAUAUAUACAUUUACACAUAAAGAAAGUCAUACUGGAGACUGGUAUUUCACUACAUUGUAAAUU